GGAAGCCGUGGGGGGCUGCCGGGGUUAUGUGAGCGCAGGCCCGGCGCGUGCCAGGGAAGUGCACGCGUGUACACGUAGGUCUGAGGGUGCACGUGGUGGCUGUGUACCCGUGUGCAGUACGGGGGGACACACACGUACACAUGGGCAUGGGGAUGUGCACCCCCUGCCAGAGUGCCCAGCCAGAGCUGAUUUUGCCAGGGAAUGUCACAGCCAUGCCAGGGCGUGGUGCUGAACAGGCCCUGGUGCUUCUCCUACCCAGGGAGGGGCAUCUCACCCAGCCCGCUCCCAAGCAAUUCCCUGUGUGAAACAGCCGUGGGGCUAUGCCCUGACCCCUGUGAUCCACAGCCCUCCCCAGCCCAGAGGGAUCCCAUGAACCACAGCCAUCCUGGGGGGCUCCAGCUCCCUGAGUCACCUCUGGCGGAUGCAGGGGUCAGAGCAUGAGGGCCAACAGGGAUGGGGUCUAACUGGAUAAAGGUCACCACGGAUGAAGUCCACCUCUGGAAGAGGAUCACCAGAUUACAGUCCACCUCUGGGAGAGGGUUUUUGGUGGCUUUCGUAGCUGGCUGCCACAGCCAGGAGCAGGACUUCAUUAGGGCUGAUGUUCCCGGGGCUGUCGAGUGCAGGAUCACUGCCACCAUCUCUUCUGUAGGUACCAGGGCCACCCACGGCCGGGGCACCGAGCACUGAGUGUGGCUGCCGAGCGCUCAGGCCCGGGGCCAGGUGAGCAGCCACGGAGAGCGCCCAGGGACGCCCUUCCCGUGCCCCGAGCCAAGGGAGGAAGCGGCCGGAGGCAGGAAGCCUUUCCCCGGGCCCGGGGCCCCCGCUGCGAUUUAGCUGGAAGGUCAGCGGCGACACAACAGGAAAUCUGCUGCCUCGGCCGGGCCGGGCCGGAGCCGCGGAGCCGCGCCGUGUCCCGGGGCCGCCGCCGGUCCCGGCCCCCGGCCCGGCUGGGCGGCCCGCGGGGAGCCCGCGCCACGCCGCCCUCCAUGGAAGGGCGCCGGGAGCCGGGCAGCAGCCGCGGGCCCCAGCGGGGAACAUGCAGGGCCGGAGCCCCCAGCCGAGCAUGGAGCUGAACAGACUGCUCCUCCUCACAUCCUUCCUCCUGCACGUGAAAGAGGACCGUGCCAGCCCAACGCGGCUGGUCUGUGACAACAGGCUUAUCCAGAAGUACAUCGUGGAGGCCAAGGACAUGGAAAAGAGAGUGGGCCAGUGCCAGGCCCUGCCUGCACUCAGGUGCCCUGCAGUGCUGCCCUUGGUGGACUUCACUUUCCUGCAGUGGAAAGCCAAAUCGAACGAGACCAAGCGGCGGGAGAUCCUGUGUGACCUGGCCCUGCUGGUGGGUGCUGCAGCAGGGGCCCAGGGCCAGGUGAGCGACGAGUGCGGGGCCAGGCAGCUGAGCCAGCUUUACCGACACGCCAACUCCUUCUUCCUGCUCCUGCAGAGCUUCAGCUGGGAGGUGAGACCUCCCCACACGAGCCAGAGCACCCCGGCACAGGUGCCAGCUGGGCUGGGCUGGGUGCAAGUGUUUGUCACCCCUCUGUCCAACUCUCAGGCAGGACACUGGGAGCCGAGCUGCUCCCCACACUCCACGGAGCAGACCCACAUCUCCAGCAUUUUCCUCACCUACCGGCAGCUGGUACAGGGCAAGCUGCGCUUCUUCUUCUCUGACCUGGCCAAGGUCUUGUGCAAGCAAGGACAGGGGGACAGCAGAGACCCUCCAUGCGGGGCCCGGUGAGGCUGCACACAGGGUUCAACCACAAAGUGAUGCUGGAGCAAUCCUGCAGGACACUGAGCUGUGCUCUGGGUGCCCAGGAAGAUGCCCACAGGGAAAAGGUUGGCACCUGUUCCUCAAGUCUUCACAACCGUGCAGCAUGUGGAGGCAAACAGUGACAACGGGCCAGCAGGCACAGGCCCUGCUCCCAUCUGGGCAGGCACCUCUACUGUGAAUGCUUUUCGAUUAAAGAGCUAUUUUUCUAAA